CUUCUUUUCAUAUACAUAUAUAAAAUGUCAACUAAAGUAAUGAAUUAUACAAAUGAUCUUUUAUUUAACAAUAAUAUGGAACUUAUUAGAAGAAAAAUAUCCUCUUGUCCUAAUUUUGUAUCAAGAAAAACUACUAAAACAUAUAAAACAAAUCAACAAAAGAAUACCUCUUCAUUUCAAAUCGAUAAAGAUAACUUCCUUGAUCUAGCUACAGCUGCAUUAGAGGAAGUUCUCAUAGAAGAGGAACGGACAAGUAUUUGGCGAGAGUUAAUGGAAGCAUUUCUAAAUUACACAGGUGUAGCAAGAUAUUCUAAUGUCGUACUAGAGCAGUUUCUUCAUAGUCAGGAUAUUAUUGAAAAGUUAGCCGAAGAAAAUUUUGAAAAAGAAAUAACAAAAAUGAAGAAAUUAUCAUUUUAUAAUAAUAGUAAAAUGAUAUUUAUACACUCCUCAAAGGAGGAUCCAUUAUUCUUCUACCAGCACUAUCUUAAGGAGGAUGAUAAUAUUGCAUUAAAUACAGAUAAAAGAGCUAAUUAUAUCCACAAUACAACUUCUUCUUUUCCAUCUUUUACAUUCAUAAUAUUUAUCAUAAUUUUCAUUUGUUCAUUAUUACAUUAUAACCCAUCAAAGCUAUAGAAACACACUUCAUAAAGAAUACUUAUUGCAAAUUACACG